CCCGCUUCCAUCCCCACUGACUACAAUGGCUCUCUCAGCUCAGGCCACCUUCCCCGUCUUCCUGCUAUUGCUCCUCUCGGCAGCCAUCGCCUUCGUGGACGGCUCCUCCGUGGAUCCCUCCGGCGAGAAGUUCACCCACGUGCACUUCUACUUCCACGAGACGAGGAGCGGCCCCAACACGACGGUGGCCAACUACAAGAAUUUGACGUCCACCCCCUCCUUCGCCUACAUCGGCGUGUUCGACAACUACCUGAGGGAGGGGACCGACCCGAGCUCGACGCUGCUGGGCAGGGCGCAGGGGGUGGGCGUCUUCGCGAUGCCCGACGGCCGGAGCGGCCUGCUCACCGCCACCGAAUUCGUGUUCACGGCCGGGAAGUACAACGGGAGCACGCUCACCAUGAUGGGCAUGUACGCGGCCGCCGGCGAGGUGGAUCGCUCCAUCAUCGGAGGCAGCGGCCGGUUCCGGAUGGCGAGGGGAUACUCCCUCAGCAAGGUCAUCAGCAUCGAUGACUUGCGGUUGGUGGCCAAGUUUGACCUUUACGUCAAGCAUUAUUGAGUUGGCUGUGCUACCAAGUCUUCCAUGGCCGACUCCACACAGAGUCAAGAUCAAGAUUACUUGGAAUAUAUGUAUGGAGUAACGAUUGAUGUGCGUGUGUUUCCAAUAAACAGCAACCCUUCUAUCUUAUCUGUCAUUUUCAACUGGUGUAAGAAAUGAACAUUUUUAUGUCAAUCUGUACGUCUGUGGAUUUUGUUCAUGAAUUCAUGGAAUUAAACUCA